GCAGUGCCCUUCACUUUAGCCACACUACUUAAAACAUUAAUUAUCUUAGUUUAAGAAUGAUUUUAUUUUGUAUUGUAUGUGGAAAAUAUCAAUAAACAAACAAACAAGACAAUGAAAAUAAUUCUUUUUUUCAUUUCUUUUUACAGAGUACAGUAGGUGAUUUGAGGCAAUGACAUUGAUUGUAAAACUUCAUUCUAAGGAACGAAAGCACAGAAAAGGAAAACCAGAACCUUCUAAAUGUGCAGUUGCCAUGGCAAAAAGCAGGGAAAAAAUGAAGGAUAACGAGGCGUUAUAUAAAGCACAUAUCGAAAAUGAGAGAGUUAGAAGUCGGCUGAGAAAACUAGAAAUGACAGAUGCCAACGGAGUGUAGCCAGAGAAAAGGCGAGGUUGAGAAUGCGGAAAAUGAGAGAAUUGAAAAAGAAGAAAGAAUUAGAAGAACUAGAUGAAUAAACUCCUGGUGCAAAGAAGAAAAGGCCUGCAACAAGAAGAGAAGUGCAUAAGACCAGAGAGUACAAUAAACAAAAAAAAGAAAGAAUCUCGGGCAAGGCAGAGUGCUAAAAAAAAGAGGAGAGGGAGGGAGAAAAAAAGGGAAAGAAUUGCAAAAAAGAGAGAGGCUGAGCGUCAGGAAAGGGAAAUAUAAAAAAAACUACAUGUACCCUUGCUGUUCAAGAAUCACAAGGUUUCAGCAUGUCUGCCAAAAGUAAGACUGCGAGUAGGGUAAACAAAUUGAUGCCCAGAAAUGCAGAUAGAUAUGCCAAAGUAAUAGGUCACAUGGUUAGCAACGCAACCCCACGGAAGACAGAAGCUAUACAGAAACUAAAUUUACCUUCAACUGCCGAGUGUCAGCCACGGAAAGAACUUUUUAAAGUAUUUAGCUGCCUAAAGGAAGAGCUUUUUUGAGGCGUAUGGUGUCAAAACUACGAAACAAGUAUAGUUUCAGUUCCAGAAAUAUCUGUAGUAAUCUGGCACUAAAGUAUCAAGAAGUUAAGGAGUUUUCAGAUGAAACAAUUUGUUACACAAAUAAAAGGAAGAAACGAUGCGAUUCAAUCCCAGAUGAGACCAUUCAGUCUGUUAAAAAGUUCAUCAAUCAAAAAGACAAUAUAGAGUUGCCCAUACGGAAGGCAGUGAAGAACAAAAUGGCAGCUAGAGUAUGCACAACAAGCCAGAUGGGGAUGUACAAGAAAUUAAAAGCUGACCUGCCCAACUUAAUAAUUGGUGCAACAAAAUUCAAUGAGAUCCGGCGAAGCAUGGUCAACGUAAAAUUACAGGAAGCUCGGGGGUUAACACAAUGCCUGUGCGAGUACUGCGUUAACGUUGAUUACAAACUAAAUUCGAUACGAUCAUUCUGUGCCAAAAAGGGUGUUUCAACUAGUGGACUGAACAAACAUAAUGUUAUGCUGGAAACCAUGUGUUCCAAUUCUGGUUACAAAUAUCCCCGUAAAGAGUGCAUUUAUAGAAAUUGUAGUCAAUGUGGGGUAAAUAAAUUGUAAGACAAAUUUCAACCAUUUUUAAACUACCAAGACCAGAAAGUACGGUACAAUGUUUGCGUAUAUCAAGAAUCGACUCUUACAAAAAAAAAAAGAAGAAAGUUCCUAUAAAGUGUACAGCGUAGAGGAGAUGUACAAGGAGUUACUGAAGGAAAUUGAAACAUUUUCUGCUCAUAGUUUUCAUGCCCAAUGGCAACAUGAUCAGUACAAUAAAAUUACUGAAAAUAUUCCGGAAGCCACAGUUAUUAUGGUUAUGGACUUCCCAGAAAAUUUUACAUGUUUCUAUCAAAAUGAAAUCCAGGGGGCAUAUUGGGGUAAAAAUGUAGUUACGAUUCAUCCUAUUGUCUGUUUCUAUCUAUGCCCACAACAUAAUGUGCCAGUACGCGAGUAUUUGGAUUUCAUAACUGCAGACAGCCAUGCUGUUGCUGAAUUUGUUACCCGUGCUGUCACUCACUUGGGAGAAGAACGAGGAUUAUCUGUUUGCAGAAUUAUCCAGUUCACAGAUGGUUGUUCUGCUCAAUACAAAUCAAAAACACAAUUCUUUGAUAUUUCACAGGCUAUGCCAGACCUAAACACAACUAUGGAGAGGGAUUUUUUUGGAUCGUGCCAUGGCAAAGGCCCCUGUGAUGGGGAAGGGGGAGUAAUCAAAAAUUCUGCAAGAAGAGCAGCUCAUAAUAAUUAUUAGCCCCCCCUGAUGUUGCUGGAAAUAGGGGCCAAUUUUAAUUCAUUCUCAUGAUUUUUUCUGGAAACAAGAUUAUCUCAGCUACUAGUUCUCAAAUUUUCCUUACAAUUUAGGCUAGUUAAAAUUUUUGAGUGUUUGUCACACCAGCGUGUCCAUUUACUGUGAAAUUGCCCAUAUAGGCAUGUCAUAUAUUUUUGUAAACUAAAAUUUGAGAGUCUGGAAGGCUAGGGCUUAAGAUAUUCUGGAUUUAAAUGCUUCAUACAUUAAUGUCUAGUCUUUAUGUAGUUAAAUUAGCGACCAUAUAAACAAUAUUUCAUCCAAUGUUUCAAAGCGUAUUGGUGUCAUCCGACGUACUAAAUAUUUUCUUCCUAGUUAUUUUUCCUCUUUUCAAUUAUUGUU